AUGGGUGAAGCAGCAGAGACGUUUAGAUCGACGACCAGCGCGAGGUUCUCAUUAGAGAUUCAAAACGGCGAGCAUAUGGAUGCUGAUCAGUUGUGGACACACUUGGCAAAGGGUAUGAGGGAGACGGAAAAGGCGGUACUAGGGGAAACAAGAGGGACGGGUAGUAAGCGGAAAAGGGGUAGGGAAUCUUGGUGGAUCAGUGAAGAGGUCCAGACCAAGGUUGCGACAAAACUUAGUUGCUUUAAAGAACUUAUCAAGAGCAAGCAAAACGAGACAAAUGAGGACUGGUCCUUGGCUAGGCAGAGAUACUACGAAGCCAAGAAAGAGGCAAAGAAGAUUGUAGCUAUAGCAAAAGAAAGAGCGUACGAAGAACUAUAUAAGAAACUAGACUCAAAGGAAGGCAAAAACGAUAUAUUCAGAAUUGCUAAAGCAAGGGAGAGAAAACAUAGGGAUUUAGGAGACGUCAUCUAUAUUAAGGAUGAAAGCGGACGGAGCAUUGUGAAGGUGGAAGACAUUAGGAAAAGAUGGGAAGAGUACUUCGCCAACCUGUUUAAUAGAAGAGAGUCAGGGCGAAGUGAAGGAGGAAUCGAUCACGGUACUCACUCAGACAUAUGUCGCGACGACGACGAUACUCCGAGGAUCAGCCAAGAGGAAGUAAGGCUCGCCCUAAAGAAGAUGGGGAGAAACAAAGAAACAAGUCCAGACCAAAUUCCUAUCGAGGCAUGA